UAAGGGACCGGCCCAAACCGAAUUGGAAUAUAAAGCAACGUAGUUAGUUUUCUUCCUCACUCGUUCACGGUUUAAGAACCACCAGAACUCGAUCUUCUUUCUUUCCUCACUCAUUCACGAUUUCACUCGGUCUUCACUUCCUUUGAGUCUCGUCCGCCCUAGUCUGCCCCGUGUAUCAAGGAUUCAAGGUCUCUCUUUCUCUCUCUCUCUCUCUCUCGGUGAUCUUACUCUGGAGCUGCAUUGAAGAGCCUUCAAAAUGGAGCCUGAGAGAAAGCUAACGGCGCCGGCUGCGGCGGCCUUCCAAGAAGGGGUCGGGUUGGUUCUGUCGCGGUGGUCGGCGCUUCAAUUGGCCGUCGAGAACGAGUGGGGUGGCCGUGAAUCGCGCCUCAAGGCCGAGCAACUGGUCUCUGAUAUCUUCUCCUGGGUCAAUUUCUCCACCGAACCUCUUUAUAUAGAUGAUUUAGAAGAAAUGCUCAUUGAAGCUAUGAGUUCUCUCAAUACUGUGAUAGAGGAUGGUAGCAUUGAAGAGGUAGCUGAAAAAAUAAUGAUUAUGCAUGAAGAAUGUUUGGAUUGCAAUUUCAGGUCUAUUGAAAGCCUAAGGGAAGCCAAUAGUCGAAGAGUUCCUACUCCUCAUGUUAAACAGGUUGUCAAUGAUGAAGAAGACAGUGACGAGGAUGAUGAUGAUACUGAUCCCAGCAUGAAUAAAGAUGAUUCAUCAAACAUGAUUGUGGACAAACCAGAGUCUCAUGCAGUAGAGCCAAAGACCAAGCAGGCAGUUGAAGCGGAAGAUGGUUGGGAGGUAGUCGGACCAAGAAGAAGUAGGGGUAAAAGGAAUUAGGUUAAACUUGUAUACUACAUAUUAUACUCAAUUUUUGUCAUCAUUUACUCGUGUGGUAGAGUAAUUAUAUGCAUACCCAGUUGUUUUCAUACCAUGUGUGACUGUGUGUAAAAGACGUUAAUCAGUUUGAUAUAUGAUUGUGAUUGUUCUUGAAGCA